AUGAGCCGCCGCUUUCUCAAAAACCUCUUUCCGUCGAAGUCCACGCCCCGGGAUAUACCAGAUCCUAUGGUAUCACCCUCACUGGUCACCAAGCUUACCCAGAAGCAGCUGGAGGAGUACACGCCCAAGUCUCAGCCAUACUACAGCUUCUCCGGCUCAAAAUGGCAGCGUGGCAGGCCGCCAACAGCCCAGGAGGCGCCGGGCGCGGAUGAGAAGGCGAGGAUCUCGAACCUCCGCCUUUUAACGUGGAACAUCGACUUCAUGGCGCCGUUUCCCCAAGCCCGCAUGGCCUCGGCUCUCGCAUACCUACAGACUGUGGCAGAGGACAUCCCCGCAUCCACGGCGGUGGUCAUCUGCCUUCAGGAGCUACGGCAAGACAUGCCUAUCAACUUCGACCGGCUGGAGAAGAGCUUUGACCCGCAGAUUGCGGAUGACCUGCGCCAGAUCGCUUCGGCGGCCUGGAUCCAAGAGAGAUUCCUCGUCACCGAUCUGACAACGGAUCAUUGGCGGUGCGGAUACAACAGUGUCACGCUCGUGGACAGGCGUCUCGGUAUCGCGGCAGUAUCCCGGAUGCCAUUUGUGAGCGAGUACAAGCGGGAAGCUCUGCUUGUCGACAUUGCAGUGACGCCCUCGGGAGGGCAGACCGAGGGACAAACGGGGAGCAGUCGGUCGAUUCUGCGGCUGUGUAACGUUCACCUGGACUCCAUGGCGGGGAAGCCACCUAUGCGCCCAAUCCAAUGGAAGGCCUGUGCGAAAUAUUUGCAAGACGAAUCGGAUGGGGUCGUGAGUGGCAUCCUCGCGGGGGAUUGCAACGCGAACCAGGACUAUGACUUGACUCAGCCUGAGGUGAAUGGAUUUAAGGAUGCCUACCUCGAGAUGGGAGGCAAAGACAGUGAUCCGGAGGGACAUACCUGGGGCCCCCAGAGCAGGAGUUCGAGAUUUCCACAUAAAAGAAUGGACAAGGUCUGUUUCUGGCAGCCAAGUGGGAGCGAUGGGGACCAGAAGCUUCUGGAGCUGAAGAGCCUGGAGAAGAUUGGUGUCGGAGUCAAGAUCGGAGAUGAAUCUAUCAGCGCGAAGCUUGCUGAGGAAGGAAGGCUGGAUUUUGUCACUGAUCAUUAUGGGUUGAUGGCAGAUUUCGAGGUGGGAGAAGAUUACGCUCUGGGGGUGCAAGCCUGA